AUGAUCGACCUUACUAUAAAAGAAUUUCGUUCUCAUUGGGAAAAUCUCAAUCUAUCUGGUAAACAUCAGAUCUACUGGUGUAUUAUGGUCGAUAAUUCAGGUUCGAUGGUUGAUCAUCGCAAUAUCGAUUAUGAAGUUCUCGUAGUCAUUAUGGAAGUAUUGCGUAAACUCGAAAGUAAAUUCGCUGUUGCACGAUUUGGUUCGCAAACUCAUCAGAAGAUUUUAAAAAAUUUCAAUGAUCUAUUCACGAAUCAAGAUGGGCAAUAUGUUCUCGAAGCAUUAACCUUCAAUGAAGGAACUUAUCCUGCGACAGGAUUAGCACGUAUUGCUCAUAAAAUUUUUCCCGUUACAGAAUCAGCUAUACAACCGAAUAUUGUUGUUCAUCGUCUUGUUCUCAUGCUUACCGAUGGUUUGACACAUGAACGAAAUUAUGCCAGUUAUUUGACUACGAUCUAUAAGAAUCAAAUAAAUCUCGGUUUCAUGUUCAUCGAGACAGCCGAUCAGAGUAGCAGUCGAAUUCUGCUUCGAGAUUUGAAGCAAGUAGAAAAUUGUGUUCUCAAAACAAACAGCAUUGCCGAACUUCCUCUCGAAAUAUCGGAACUUAUGCAUAAAAUGAUUAAGAAAAGUCUAAAAAUAACAUCAAUACUAUCAUUACAAUCACGUGUGGAAAUAUCAUCAAUGAUCAAUAUUAAAGUACCGAAUAUCAGAGAAGUUACACUCUUCAAGAAGCCCCGGCUAAUGAACAAAUCUACACCAAUCUAA